AUGACCCGAUGGCCUGCCGCCCGCGAGCGCCUUGUGGCCCGCCGCAAGACCCUCGCUGCAGAGGCCUCCGCCACCGCCGCCGGCACGCUCGAUCUCCAGCUGGCGCUGGCCGAUGCAGUUGGCGGAUGCGAGGGACAGACAGCAGACGGUUCGGUCCGGUUUCGGCUCGUUGAGCACGACGGACAGCAGGUGUGGACCAGUAUUGUCCUCUCGUAUCCAGCCGACGCCUUUGUUCCUCCGCCAAUGAUUGUUCGAGUCAGCUCGAGCGAGAGCUCGGGCCUCGACUGCGAGGCUGUCGACGCAUACUCAAUUGAGCAGCUUUCCGAGCCACCGCCACAACUUCUCAUCGUCGCCGCCUCGGUCAGCUAUCCUGACAUGCUGCGGCGGCGGCUGGAAAAGAUAGCCCGCCAUCUCGACCCGGCCCGUAUCAGCCACUCGCCUCUGCUUUUGCUCGCUCGUGGCCUUGGCACAGUCCUUCGCCGGGCCUCUCGUCCGCGUCGCGCUGCGCUUGGGUCCCGACUUCGUGCUCUUGCCAUCUACAACAUCCCAUCGUCGGUGGUCGUCAACGCAGGCGGCGUUCGGGUCGUCCUUGUCGUCGCCUCGGCACGGGUGACCAUGGAGGCAUUGCCAUCAUCAUCGGCCCGGCUCCCAGACCUACCGGGCCUCCUCGCCGACGUCCUCGGGCCGUACUCACGGCCGCACGCCGUCGCCGCUGCCAAGCGGGUAGUUGCCGCCACGCCAGUCCAUGACGUACCACUCUUGUUCUUUGUUCGCGAGCUGCUGGGUGUGGCGCGCCUCCGUCGGUUCUAUCCGCUUGCUGAUCCGCUGGGUGCGCCGGCUGGCUCGCGGAUCACCGGUGAUGCGCUUACGCUCGCGCCGCAUCUGCGGUAUCUAGACGUGGCGAUGGGCAAUGCUCCACUUCCGCGCGAGCGGCUCAUCAAGGCUUGGCCCGUCGCCACCAUUGACUCGGUCGGCCGCCUCGAUGAUGUCGUGCUUGUUGUCACUGAUCGCGCCAUCUACUCUGUUGCCGCUGACGGCAGCAGCAGCUCGGGCCCUGCACCAUGGCUCACCCGCAUUCCAUUGGCCUCGCUCGACGGCUGCACCUUUGGUCCGCUCGCGUUCGAAUCGGGCCUUGAUCCGCCACUUCCGACGCCGCCGUGGGGCCUGCUCUUGGCGUGCUCGAUCGGACCGGCGCUGCUGAGCUCGUUCGACAAAGCCCAUGCGCGGGCCGGCGGCCAGCGAACACCGUCGGGCCAGCACUUUCUUCCUGUCCAGCCGUCGACCAUCAACCUGGGUGUGCCUGGCCUCUGGGCUUCAAACCUCGAGGUCCUGGCCUCGUUGGUCGACGACCUCGCGCUCAAGCCCGAGGCCGAAACAGCCCAUGUCAACGCUGCCGGUCUCCCGCGGCUGACCGCCUACCAGCUGAUGGUCCAGGUUGUGGCUGCCAUCUCGCCGCUCGCGGCUGCACAGCUCGACCCGCUGCGUCCCGCCCUUUUCCACCUCGAUGUACCCGUCUACAUCAAUUUGCCCAAGGUCCUCCCGGCAACAACGCUGCUUCCGUUGCUCCAGCGGACCGUCGCCGCGCUGGAGGGGCUGCCAGGGCUCGACGACUUUGCAAGCGUGCCUCUCCGCCUCUCGCUCUCGGGUGUAUUGGAAGCUUUCAUCGAUGCGUUUGAGCUGGCCACGGCGUCGCACUUUGGCGGCAUGGCGCCGGACCACGACGACGAGGUUGCGUUCGCGCGGUCAAUGGUGGCCAGGUUCUCGCUCCUCUCGACCAAGGCUGAUGCUCACCACUUUUCCGGGCCAAGCGUCGCCGUCGAGCGCAUCGACCAAGUGGUGACCGUCAGCGAGGCGCUAGAUGCCAUCCGAGCCGCCGUCACCGCCCAGCACGUUCUCGACCCCUCGCUCGACUUCCUCCUCCUCACCGCCCAGACGGCGCUGAGCGGUGCAGUUCAUCUCGCCGAGGCGCCGGUCUCGUUUCCUGCCUUUCCGCCCGUCCCGGUCUUGGAGCUCCUCUACGGCACGCUGCACGCGGUCUACGCCUCGCCCGAGCUUGAUCUCGAGUACAUGCACCGCUACAUGCCGAGCUGUGAGCUGGAAAAACAGCAGACGCUCGACUUUGGCCUGCUCAUGCACCAGGUUGCACCUGAUGCUGAGGCCACUCACAUGUCGGGCAUGCGCCUCAACCUCGCCCUCCACCCCGCGCUCUCCGAGCCGCCUGAGGCCACCGCUGCAUCGCGCGAGCUCAUGCACGAGAUCGCGCUUGUCAUCACUGCCGCUGCGCAGGACCUCGCAGGGCCUCGCAUUCGGGUCCUCCCCCCGCAUGCUAUUGAUGCGCUUCAUGUUAACUCCAAGGUCAAGGCCCGAGUGUACAAUGCCAAGCGCCGAGGCGCCAGAUCGGUUCCGUCUCAGUAG